CAAAAGUCUCGUACUCUCCUUGUAUCCCUUCUUUUGCAUGCCUUGUUGAGCUCUUCCACUUGUCUCUCGCCAGUCUCGUCGUACCAUGUCUGCCUCUCCGUCAGACCUGACACAGGGAGCCCGCAAGCGUGCCAAUGGCGCUGCCAGCCAUACAGGGCAGUACGCGCCUCUAAGCGACGGAGCAUCGGGCGCUCGCAGUCAGCCGGCUGCCCCAGCACCUCUGGCAGGCAAGAUCCGCAUCUUUGUCACGCUCGGCUUGCUCCUCUUGACCUUCUCGUCACUAUCUGCGGGAAGGUUGAGAGAUAUCUUCGGCGGAACAACGCCUUGGUCAAAGGCUACACCGCCGUCGGGAUCACACGCAAGCUCGUCCCUCUCCUCCUCUCCGGCUGCUGGUACACCUCCUGCCGACGGUGUUCCCACCUCGGAGGAUGGGCUACCCUCUCUGCACCGCCGCGUGGUGGCGAUCGCAGAUAUUCACGGCUCCCUCACCAACCUCCUGACCAUCCUUUCCAUGACCCACCUCAUCACCCAAUCCUCCUCCAGCAGCUCCAGUGCGACUUCCGACCCCUCGGUAGUUUGGUCUCCUCUGGGAGCGGACGACGUCCUCGUCUCUACGGGGGACAAUGUCGAUCGCGGAGACGACACGAUUCAAAUCUACAAGCUGUGGGAGAAUCUUCGUGGCCAGGCUGGGGAGGAGAGGGUACGGACCUGUUUGGGCAACCACGAGGUGAUGAACGCUCUAGGCGACUGGCGCUACGUCACUCCAGGGGACAUCAAGUCCUUCGGUGGAGAGAAGGCGCGCAGACAUGCCAUGAGCUCGCAGGGCUGGGUAGGCCGCAAUUGGCUAGAUCACUACAAUCUCUCUUACUCGGUCGAUCUUCUCGAUGCUGCCAAAGUGCGCGAGCUCCAAAGCUCCUCCUCGUCGUCGGUGAGAGAGAAGGGUAUCCCUCCACUCCCCUCUUCAUACGCUCCACCGCGAACAAACUUUGUGCACGGCGGCCUGCACCCAAGCUUCACCUCUCGUCACUCCCUCUCGGAGCUAAACGCCAUCUCCCACUCCUUCCUAACAAAAGCCCUCGAUGCAGCAGCUCAGGGUAUCGAAUUGCGCGGGUACUUACCCCCCGGCACAACACAGGAGGAGAUGGCCAUGUGGGGUGAGAAGGGUCCGUAUUGGUAUCGUGGCUACUCGUAUGAAAAGGAAGUGGACGCCUGUCGCAUUGCCAAGGAGGCAAUGGAGGGAUUGAAGGAGGGAGUGGGACAGAUUGUCAUGGGCCACACUCCAACCUUUGAACACUUCGUGCACCGCUGUCCCCCGCGGUACGAAGCCUCAACGCCCACGCGCCCUAUCCCUCCCCUCUCUAGCCCGCCUCUCAUCAAUCUCAUAGACACGGGCAUCUCUCCAGCAUACAGCGGUGUCCUCUCUUCGCUCGUAUUCGAAACGUGGCUUCACCCCGAGAAGAAGCGGAACACCCCAGAGGAAGCGGCAGUGGAAGAAGAGGGUGAGGGGACGUGGGAGUGGGUAGAGAAGAGGACGAUGCGUGCACUGUACAAGGAGCAGGGAAGCGCGCCGGGCAAGGGAGAGUGGGAGGAUCUCGUCUUUGAAGGACGCAGAGUCAUUGUGUAGAAGACGGCCGCCCGUCAAGCGAAUGGACAGAUGUAGAUACAGUCGCCUUGCAUAUAAGCACAUCACCGUCACGCUUCUAUAGGAUGUAUGCAUUGGCUGUUGCGCUCACAAUCACUGAGGUCCAGGAGGUAUCACCCCCUCAGCAU